AGUGUUCGGUAAAAAAUUUCGGUUCCUCUGUCAACGUCCUUUCAUUGUUUUGAUGGAUGCUUGUAUCAACCGGUCAUAGUUGAUCGCUUCUCCAUUGAAGUGAUAGUUUUUGGGGAUUUGGUUCACAUUUAAAACCUUCAUUUUUACUUACCUCGAAUCUGAUGUUUACGAUAAUUCUCACAUUAGUCAAUUGAUUUUUGUUUUCUUAUACAACGCUUCUAAUUUUUAGGUUUUACUUCAGAAACGCAGAAAGAAAAUGGAUAAUGUUAUGGCUGACCCUCUUGCGCAAGCAAGAUUGUGGACAGAGUGACUUUUCUUCAAUCAGGAAGAAGAGCCGGAAAAAAGUUAAAUCUAAUGGAAGAAUCACGGUAUCCUUUUCUUCCACUUGAUCUUCCUGAGUCUGCAUCUUCUCGGAACACCAAUAGAUCUAAUUUAGAUGGGUCUGGAAGUCAUGGCUCUGGAAGUCGUGAGUCUAGUCUUACAGCAGAAUUGAAGAAAAGAGGUCAUGGAAGUCGAUCUUGGAUAAAAAUUGAUAAAAAUGGAAACUCAAAGAUUUUGAAGCUGGACAAGGCUACUAUAAUGACACAUUGUUGUUUGCCUGCCGGGGAUCUCCGACUUUUGGACCCUGUGUUCAUUUAUCCUUCUACAAUAUUAGGAAGGGAGAAGGCUAUUGUGGUCAGUCUUGAACAGAUCAGGUGUAUAAUCACUGCUGAUGAAGUUAUCCUGAUGAAUUCCUUGGAUGAAUGUGUUGUUCAGUACAAGUCAGAAUUGUGCAAACGCCUUCAGACAAACAUAGAUCAAGCUGAGGAUCUGCCUUUCGAAUUUAGUGCAUUGGAGCUGGCUUUGGAAUUAGUUUGCAUGUCUCUUGAUUCUCAGGUAAAAGAACUGGAAAUGGAGAUAUAUCCUGUGUUAGAUGAGUUAGCAACAUCUAUUAGUACCCUUAAUCUAGAACGUGUGCGUAGACUCAAAGGCCAGCUCCUUGCCUUGACUCAGCGGGUUCAGAAGAUCCGAGAUGAAAUAGAACAUCUUAUGGAUGAUGAUGGGGACAUGGCUGAGAUGUAUCUGACUCAGAAGAAACAAAGGUCUGAGGCUUAUCUGUUAAGUGACGUUCGUGCACCAACUAAUACUUUAGGUGGGACCAGAGAGGUUUCAAAUUCUUCUCCUGUUUCACCUGCGGGGGCCUUCAGUAGAGCUCCAUUUUUAGAAAGGGCUGUUAGUAGUAUCAUGUAUUCGAGCAAAUAUCAAAGCUCAAUGGGUUCAUCUCCUGGUGGGGAAAACAUUGAAGAACUAGAAAUGUUGCUUGAGGCAUACUUUGUCAUUGUUGACAAUACCCUGAGCAAGUUGUUAACGCUUAAAGAAUACACUGAUGACACUCAAGAUUUGAUCAAUAUUAAACUGGGAAAUGUUCAGAACCGCCUCAUACAAUCUCAGUUGCUUCUUACUGCUGCGCUCUUUGUGGCUACAAUAUUUGCUUCUGUCACAGCAGUAUUUGGAAUGAAUUUUGAAGACUCGAUUUUUGACUAUCCAUCUACAUUAUAUUGGGUUGUGGCUAUUACUGGGGUUGCCUGUGGGUUUUUGUAUUUCUCUUUCCUAUUUUAUUUACGGCACAAGAAAGUCUUCCCGUUGUAAA